AUGUCCCAUCUCGCCCACUUCAACACCCACCUCCGCUCUCCGCACUCGCACUCGCAUUCCUCGGCAGCAAAGGCCCUCGCGACCCUGUACAACAACAAACAAACCAUCCGAGACAUCGCACACAUGUCCGACCUCGCCGUCUCCCCGCCAGAGCAGCCCGUCCUCAAUGCCUCCCUCACACGGCGCCACUUCCUCGAAGGCUGGGAUGCCGCCGACUUCGACAGCCUCAAGUACUCGUACGGCCUGACGGGUGUGGACCAAAUCGGAAACUUCCUCUGGGUCGACACCUUCCUGUACAUGCUGGUCGGCAUGGCCGUUGUGCUGCUGGGCCUGCGCGUGGCCAACAUGUGGUGGCGCCACAACCGCCACUUGACCGUCAUGGGCAACCCUUCACGGCAGGCCUACUGGGCCACCAACCAGACAUCCUGGUGGCCCUGGCUCAACCGCCAUCUGCUGCAGGCCCCGCUGUGGAAGAAGAAGCACAACGCCCAGUUCCAGAUCAGCAGCGCCAUCGACAACGGAACGCUGCCCGGACGAUGGCACACCAUCAUGCUGGUCAUCUAUGUUGGCCUGAACGUUGCGUGGUGCGUGGCGCUGCCGUACAGCGUCCUGGACCACAAGGAGACGAUUGCUUCGCUGCGUGGUCGCAGUGGAACGCUGGCCGCGCUCAACUUGAUCCCCACCAUCCUCUUCGCGCUCCGCAACAACCCGCUCAUCACCCUCCUCCAGGUCUCGUACGACGACUUCAACCUCUUCCACCGCUGGGCCGCCCGCAUCACCAUCCUGGAGGCCAUUGUCCACACCGUCGCGUGGAUGUACAACACGGCCGAUGGCGCUGGCUGGGCGGCUGUCUCCAACGGCCUCCGCAACGAGGGCUCCUACGGCUGGGGCAUGGUCGGCACCGUCGCCUUUACCAUCAUCGGCAUCCAGGCCUGGUCGCCCUUCCGCCACGCCUUCUACGAGACGUUCCUCUCGAUCCACCGCCUCAUGGUCAUUGCCGCGCUCGUCGGCCUCUACAAGCACCUCGAGCUGCACGCCCUGCCGCAGGUCCCCUGGAUGCAUCUCAUCUUCUUCUUCUGGGCCGCCGAGUGGUCCUGCCGCCUUGCAUCCAUCACCUACUACGGCCUCUCGCUCAAGCAGCGAUCGCGCAUCCGCGUCGAGGCCAUGCCCGGCGAGGCCGUCCGCGUCACCAUCGACAUGGUCCGCGAGUGGACGCCGCGUCCCGGGUGCCACGUGCACAUGUGGAUGCCCGCCCUGGCCGGACUGCAUAGCCACCCCUUCUCCGUCGCCUGGGCUCCGACCCUGACCCCGGAGUCGAAAGAAAUGACGCUCCCCAUCCUCGAAGGCGAUGCCCUCAUGGCCCCGGGGACGCCUCAAAAAUCCAAACAAAUCUCCCUCAUCUGCCGCGCCCGCACCGGCCUGACGCGCAAGAUGUACGAGCGCGCCUGCAAGUCCCCCAACGAGACCUUUUCGACCUGGGGCUUCAUCGAGGGCCCGUACGGCGGACACCACAGUCUCGAUUCCUACGGGACGCUCGUCCUGUUCGCCGGCGGCGUGGGGAUCACGCACCAAGUCAUGUACCUCAAGCACCUGAUCAACGGCUUCCACCGCGGCACGACAGCGACGCAAAAAAUCGUCCUCAUCUGGACCGUCCCGGACAGCGACUGCCUGGAGUGGGUGCGUCCGUGGAUGGACGAGGUGCUGCGCAUGCCGGGCCGCAAGCAAGUGCUGCGCAUCAAGCUCUUCAUCUCGCGGCCCAAGGGGCGCGUCGAGAGCAGCAGCGACACGGUCAAGAUGUUCGCCGGCCGGCCCAAGAUGGACACGCUGAUUGAAGAGGAGGUGCGCGGGCGUGUCGGCGCCGUCGCCGUCACUGUCUGCGCUAGCGGCGGCAUGGCGGAUGGAGUGCGCGCUGCAGUCAGGCCGUGGAUGACGGAGGGGUGUGUGGAUUUCAUCGAAGAGGCGUUUACUUAUUAG